AUGUUCCAUCCGCAUGCGACGUUGAACAUUGCUUCAAGAGUGACCUUGCAAUCGGCUGGAGUGGGUUUGUUGAUCAGUGCGGUACAGAAUGCUUUGGAAAAACAUGACCAAGGCGCUUUGGGUAUCUUCACUCGGACGGGUGGCACUAUAGCAUUUUUCGCUGCUAUGGGAUUUACCUUCUCUUUCACCCAGGCUGCAGUUUCCAAUGCCAGAGAGACCGAUGAUGCUCUGAAUGGAGUUGCUGGGGGAUGCGCCGCGGGGUUCCUUGCUGGUGUGAGGGCCAGGUCAUUGCCUAUGGCUGUGGGAUCUUGUGCGGCUCUUGGCGCUGCUAUCGGCACCUUUUCAGCUGCAGGAAAUGCCUUGACUGGGACGGACAGAUUGUCUAUGCCUCGACCUGAAAGGGAAGAGCGACGACUUCAAUUUUUCAAACAACCAAAGAUCAAGCAGGACGAGGCGACGGCUUGA